AUGGGACCAGUCUCUUUUCUUCCCAAACAUCAGAAAUUAAGCACUUCGAAAGGAGAUUCAGCCAAGAUGACCCAUUUACAGGCUGGCCUCAGCCCAGAGACUAUAGAGAAAGCACGCCUGGAACUGAAUGAAAACCCAGACGUUUUACACCAGGAUAUCCAGCAAGUCAGAGACAUGAUCAUCACCAGGCCUGACAUCGGAUUCUUACGCACAGAUGAUGCCUUCAUCCUGAGGUUUCUCCGAGCCAGGAAGUUUCACCAAGCAGAUGCCUUCAGACUCCUGGCCCAGUACUUCCAGUACCGCCAGCUAAACCUGGACAUGUUCAAAAACUUCAAGGCCGAUGAUCCUGGCAUUAAGAGGGCUCUCAUUGAUGGGUUCCCUGGAGUGUUGGAAAACCGUGAUCACUACGGCAGGAAGAUUCUUCUGCUGUUCGCAGCCAAUUGGGAUCAGAGUAGGAACUCCUUCACAGACAUUCUCCGGGCCAUCCUGCUGUCACUGGAAGUCCUUAUUGAAGAUCCGGAGCUUCAGAUAAAUGGUUUCAUUUUAAUUAUAGACUGGAGUAAUUUCUCCUUCAAACAAGCCUCCAAACUGACACCUUCAAUCCUCAAACUAGCCAUUGAAGGGUUGCAGGACAGCUUUCCUGCCCGCUUUGGAGGAGUCCAUUUUGUCAACCAGCCCUGGUACAUUCAUGCCCUGUACACGCUCAUCAAGCCAUUCCUUAAAGACAAGACCAGGAAACGGAUUUUCCUGCAUGGAAACAACUUAAACAGCCUCCACCAGCUAAUACAUCCUGAAUUUUUGCCAUCUGAAUUUGGAGGCACUCUUCCUCCUUAUGACAUGGGAACAUGGGCCCGGACGUUGCUUGGUCCUGACUACAGCGAUGAAAAUGACUACACUCACACUUCCUAUAAUGCAAUGCACGUGAAACACACAUCCUCCAAUCUGGAGAGAGAGUGCUCACCCAAGCCAAUGAAGAGAUCUCAGUCUGUGGUAGAAGCUGGGACUCUGAAACAUGAGGAGAAGGGAGAGAAUGAGAACACCCAGCCACUCCUGGCUCUGGACUGA